ACCCCGUAACUUGUCCUUCAAAGAUGACAGGUAGGGUGCAUGGUGACCAGCCAAGCAUGCGCUGGCACAACCAUUUCACCCACCCAAUCCACGCCUAGUUUGACGCUACGCUGCGAACCUCCGAGUCGGUCUUUGAUAAUCGUGAACAUAUUCCCAUGGCUCUUCAACCCUGGUAAUCAAGGACUCGAUGCACAAAGAGGGACUGUACAUAUUAACUACCUGUUCUUGAAUGUUUCACACUGCUCACACAUGAGCUUGCUGGAGCAGCCCACCCUAAACUGAAGGCUCUCUAUCCCAUCUUCCAUUGCGAGGCAGUAGGCAGGACGCGUGUGCAACGAGGCGAAAAUCGGUUCUUCAUUACGUUGAGGUUUAAUCCGUAAGCAGUGCAAGUGUACCCCUUGGGAAACCACAACAAAAAAAAAAAAAAACAAAUGGCCCAGGGAAGAGGCAGUGCGAUGGUCAUCGUUGUUGUCUCAGCUCUACUUGUGCUUGCGCACACUGUCGUCGCAAAAGAUUUCACUGUCGGAGGCACUCAGGGCUGGGGCUUUCCACCCGGAACACAAACGGACUACUAUGACACCUGGUCAUCUCAGCAAACGUUCGAGGCAGGAGAUAAACUGAUUUUCACAUAUAGCCCAGUACAACACGAUGUACAAACCGUGACCGUGUCGGAGUACUCAGGCUGCACCCCGAGCCAAGGCCUGAAAUACACAACUGGAAAGGACACCAUCGCCCUCUCCGCACCCGGCACUUACUACUUCUACUGCAGCAUCGUUGGCCAUUGCGACCAGGGGAUGAAGAUGAAGGUAGUGGUGAAGGCCGCCACCGCGGCUGCUCCCGCGCCGCUCGCCACACCACCAACCGGGUCCACCGGGUCCACCGGGUCCACCGCCACGGCCUUGUCGAUUUCUCACCGUUCCAUCGCGGCUGCCGCGGCGGUAGCUUCGCUCAUCGCGGCAUUUCUGAUCCAAGUCUAGAUCUCCAACAACCUGAUCACUGCGAUCCGAACGCCAGCCGCGAGAUCGGCUUCGUGAGUGCGACUGCGGCGACGACUCCGAAUGUGACUAGAAAUCGCACACAGUGCUAGUGUCGACUGUUUCCAUUUUGAUAGAAUCUAGAGUGAAUAUAUGAGUAGAGUGCGAUGAUCCAGGGCAACGGAACAGUCGAGAUCGAAGGUAGUGCUGCAGGGUCAGUGGAUCCAUCGCCACAGCGACACACUUACCGAUCGAUACGUAGCAUCUCCGACCCGUGAAGCUUGCUUGCGAUGUGCCGCGCGUGUUUGCAUGGACCUCUGCUCCCGCGGCUCACAAUCCGGCACUCUCACCAUCUCUGAUCUGCAUAGCAAGACUGUCUCCUUGUCUGUUUUCAGCGGUGCUUCUGUUUUGAUCAUUCCUAUUCUUAGUUUUCGUGGUUUCUUAACACCCCCUGCAUAGUGAGAAAGUGAGUGUGGUUCCAUUUGUUGUCCAUGCUUCAUUUUGUUUGUGCAUGUGUUUUUAUGGAACUUGCCCUUGUUAGUAUGGUGAUGUGGCAAUUUGGGUAUGUCAGAUUAGGUUAGCAGUUUUAUAUGUGAGUCUUUGUGUUUAGGUAGACUGUGAGAAGUUACAACUUUCAAGGCUUGUGAUUGGUUGAAACAAAGAAGUCUCUCUUAAAUGGCUUUGUGUUCAAGAAAAGCAACUGAGAGAUUGUGAUAGGAAAAAUGAGGUUGAGUGAAUAGAAUUGUUUUCCCCGUGGUAAACAUGCCAACUCUAACAUGCAUAGGGUUGUCUCCCAAAAUUUGUGUUAGACCCAUUUUGAGGUAAUUUUAUUCAAAUAUGGAACUUUAUUUA